ACUAUAUAUGUCUGCUCAUGCUCUCGACAAAUGGCACCUUCACUCGCCCACAGUUUGCCUCCGCUCGGUCUUGCGCUUCGUUGUUUGAGGCUCUUUCUUUUAAUCGUACCGUCCAUCUUCCUCUAAUCAUCGCCUCCCAAUGACUUUGCAGUCUCGUAAACUACUCAAUCGCAAUCCCUACGGCUACGUCCCCACUGAAUGGAUAUGCAUCCUGUUCAUUGUUCUAUUCUCAGUCUCCACACUUCUGCACGCCAUCCAGGCUACCCGGUACCGUCUCUGGUUCCUGCUAUGCACCGCCUGCCUCGCAGGGAUCCUCGAGAUAGUCGGAUGGGCCGGACGUGAAUGGUCUAUCUUUGACAUCCUCCAGAUGACGCCCUACCUCAUGCAGAUUGUGUGCACGAUCAUUGGGCCGACGCCGUUUGUCGCUGCGAUGUUCGUUAUGCUCGGUGAGAUGAUCCGACGGCUGGGCUCGCGCUAUAGCCGAUUGAGCGCGACGUUAUAUACUAUUAUCUUCUGCAGCUGCGACGUGAUUUCUCUUGUCAUUCAAGCUCUCGGCGGUGCUGCAGCCUCAAAUGCCGUCGCGAACGGCGAGAACCCUGAAAAUGGUGGUCACAUCAUGCUUGCCGGCAUCUGCUUCCAGCUGGCGGCCAUCACGUUCUACAUGGUCCUCGCGUCCGAGUUUGUCAUCCGCUGCUUGCUGGACAAACCACUGCACGGGGCAGACAAGGCACCUCCCGCGACGCAUGCGCUAGACCGCAAGCACGCGAUCAUGCUCGGGGCGCUCACCUUCGCCAGUAUAUGCAUCUACAUUCGAUCUAUCUACCGUACGAUCGAACUCUCAGACGGCUGGACCGGCCACAUCAUCCACACGCAGCGCUACUUCAACUGGCUAGAUGGCGGCAUGGUCGCGCUCGCGAUGUUCACCCUCAACUGUAUUCACCCUGGGCUUAUCCUCGGCCCCGCAGAGACGUGGAACGCGAAGCCCGCCGAUGCGCCGAUGCCUCAGGUGGAGGAGAUCCGUCUUGGCAACCGCGGAAGGCCGGCGAGCAACGAGACGCUGCUGGUAAAGCCGCCUAAUGUGGGUCACGGCCUCGGAGGGGUUGCAGUGUGAUAAUUGCGAGGCGGAUCAGAGGGCCCGGGCGAGGUCACUUUAACUUUCUGUGGAUCUUUGCUGGAUGCGAAUGUGCAGAUCCUCGUCCUUGAUAUCUAACAUGGUGUUAUUCCGGUCUUAGCUUGACUAUGCCGUCUACACCGGCUAGAAGAAAAACUUGAACGACGCAGCCGUAGGGGAUCGAGCUCGAUCUAGUAUCCGUUGUAUACCAUAAUAGCCGGCAAGCGUCUAUU